GCCAAUUUUGGUUCAGUCCUCGAUUGGAGUUUAACAUUUUUCUUGGGCUUUUAAACAUUUUAUAAGCUUAGCUAAACAUAGUACAAUCGACAUGCUUCCUUAAAUCAAAUAGUCAAUAUUCUCGAAGGCUAGCAAAUUACAGUUUCAAAGUACAAAAUCAAAGAAAAUCAAAUUGUCAUAAUUUAUCAGUUGAUGCACAUGAAAAUAAUCAAUCCCUGCAGCAAAUAUUCUAACAGCUUUUUGACGAAGAUGUAACCAAAUUCUGAUCCCUCACCCAACCUCCACCCACUCCAACAUCGCAUACAUGGAUAUAUACAUAUAGCAUGUGCACGUAUUUGUGUAAUUGAAUCUAUUUAAGGGGUGGCAGAACAAAAAUUAGUGGAAAUAAGAAAACUGUUUCUGGGCUUAAAAUUAUGGAGGGCAAUAAAGUUUCAGUAAUUCCACCAUUAAUAUCUGAUUUUGCACCGUUACAAGGAAAUUUUAUCAAUGAAAAGGACUCAAGUGGAAGAAACGAAUCUCCUCCAAGUGAUAGUAUACUUAAAGAACGUGGAAGAAGAGAGAAAACGAGUGAGAAAUACUCUGUUCUUCGUUCAAUGGUGCCUAGUCUUUCCACCAUUUCUAAGCCAACUAGAGAGAAGAUUUUGUAUGAUACAGUAAACUACAUUAAAUGUCUAGAAGAAGAGGUAAAGAGGUUGGAGGGUAUAAAGAAACAAGUGCAAGAACAGAAGGUGGGGAAACAAGUUUCAUCAAAGUUUACCAACCAGAAGUCUGCCAUUGAUGUUACCGUCUCCACUGGGGCCACAUUCUUUGCAAUUCAAUUACCUUGCAAACCCGGUAUAAUUACUGAAAUUGUUAAGGUAUUUGAUAAGCAUCAUGCAGAAGUUUUGGAGGCAACAAUUUCUGUUGACGACCAGCAAUUGCUAACCUUCACAGUCACAAUAGUUCUUGGGAGAGAUGGAGUAAAUACAAUACAGAAGAUAAAGGAAGAAAUUAUAGCCUUAUAGGCAGUUUUCUGAUUUAUGAACUCAAUCACGAUUUAGCAAUUCGAAUGUUUAUU